UCGUUUAUACAGACGUGCUCAUCAAGCCAUUCGUUACGACAUUUCUCCAGUGACUUGCCCCGAACCUUCACAGCUAGACGCAAUCACAGCAAACGGUCAUUAAUACUAUCCUUUCAACACCAGCGGUUUCUCUCCGAAUCCUCGAGCGAAGCAGGACGGCGCAAUGCAGCUCUCUUCCACCCUCACCUGGGCCCUGCUGCUGGUCAGCGCUGAGGCCAAACAACGCUCUCAAUGCAGUACACGUAAGACGGUCUGGCAGACGGUCACCGAGACGGAGGACUGCGCGUCGCGCUGCCAGAACCGUCCGUCUGCUACAGCUUCCAUCUCUGGUGCACUUGGAUCCGGACCAGCUCAGUCCAGCGAGCCAACGUCACCCGGUUCGAGCGUCGAGCCUAUCUACACCAGCGAGGCCGGGUUGUCUUCGACCAUUGAUGCUACGCCCAGUGUGUCAACAAGCAUAGCUCUGAGCUCGGAUGUGAAGCCUGAGACCACGAUCGAGGCGGAUACUACUUAUUCGACCACUAUCGCUGAGUACUCCACCACUUCACCAGCUUCCACCUCGAGCGAGGCCCCCAUUUCGAGCGAGACUCCCGCAUCGAGCGACGAUGCUGCCUCAACGACUGCUUCCUCUACCACCGAAACAGUCCCAGAGCCAACAGUCCGACCUCGGGCCUACCCCGCGGACGUUGUCGAUAAACUUCGUGACUCCAGCAUCGAGAAUCUCGAGGCUCACCUCGAGCGCAACCCCGUACCUGGAUGCACCCUGGAGACGGCUGCUAUCCGUCGCGAGUGGUGAGUUUACGUCACAUCUGCCAUGACAGCACAAAAGGUACAACAUACUGACGCACGGCCAGGUCCGAUCUAACCCUCGUCGAGCGUCA